ACGAACUACACCAGAAAACAGAGUAACGAACAAGGAUUUGUGCAGCGUUUACUUUCUCAAUAUCAACGAAAGCAAUCCAAAUUAUGUACAGUAUUAUUAAAAUCCUAGGCGCGAGCCUUUAGCUCUACGACUAAGCUAUACUGACUCAGAUCGGCUGAUUACUGUAGUCUAGUUGAAUUCCCGAUUAGGAUUUCGGAGAAUCAAGUUGGGUUUUUUCGAAUUCCUGAUUUAUUGGGAAUUAGUAGUGCAAUUUUGGAAUUUCUAAUUGGGAAAAGGAAUGGGUUUAUUUUGGGCGUUGUUUGAAUCCCUAUCGAUCGUGGCCUCAGUUUUUGCGUUUGGAUUGUUGGCGGCAAUCGUUUUCGCCUCCUACAAUAGAAGUCGCAGUCACAAGUUUCACGUUGAGGCGCCGCCAGUUUUCGAGGAUCCGAAUUCGUUGAAAUCGGUUCCGGUUCCUCAUAUCUCCGAUCCGGCUGAAAAGUACAUCUCUUUGAUAAUUCCAGCGUACAACGAAGAGUACAGACUUCCGGGUGCUCUCGGUGAAACCUUGAAUUAUCUUGAAGAACGUGCAGCAAAGGACAAAGUGUUUACAUAUGAGGUGAUUAUCGUUGAUGACGGAAGUGCUGAUGGUACAAAAAGAGUAGCGUUUGACUUUGUGAAGAAAUACACUGUGGAAAAAGUCAGGCUAGUUCUUCUUGGGCGGAACCAUGGAAAGGGAGAAGCCAUAAGGAAAGGUAUGCUUCACUCACGCGGUGAACUACUUUUAAUGCUUGAUGCUGAUGGUGCCACCAAAGUGAGUGACCUUGAGAAACUUGAAAACCAGAUUCAUGCAGUUGCAGCUAAGGAACAACAAUAUGGAGACUCUGCAUCUAGUGAUGCGACUUUAAGGAUCUCUGAUGUCCCUAUUGCGGCUUUUGGAUCACGUGCUCAUCUCGAGGAGAAGGCUCUAGCAUCAAGGAAAUGGUACCGGAAUUUCUUGAUGAAGGGAUUCCAUUUGGUAGUUCUUUUGGCUGCUGGUCCUGGAAUUAGAGACACACAGUGUGGUUUUAAGAUGUUCACAAGAGCUGCUGCCCGGAAACUAUUCACGAAUAUCCGCUUAAAAAGGUGGUGCUUCGAUGUUGAAUUAGUAUACUUGUGCAAAUUUUUCCGCAUCCCCAUGAUUGAAAUCUCUGUAAGCUGGUCUGAAAUUCCCGGAUCAAAGGUCAACUUGUUUAGCAUUCCAAAUAUGUUGUGGGAGAUGGGACUCAUGUCUGUUGGCUAUAGAACUGGCAUGUGGAAAAUUCAUUCAUGAGGAAGCUUCACCACGAGCCAGGUUAGGUUGCGGGAUCAUCUAUACCUCGAUGUAUUGUUCUAAGACGGGGAAUUGGAUUUGAUACGACGUGUUAAGGUAAACACAUACUAAUUGAUGCAGCUGAGAUUCUGACAAACAAUGCUUGUGAUAGAGCUGUAAUAUUUUGUAAUAGAUCUGCUGUUAGUAUCCAUUGCUUAUCUGACUGAUCAUUCAACUUAGAUUUUUGGAAGGAUUUCAUUCCAUACAUCUGUAUUAGAUUUGAUUUUUGUUUUGAUUCCUCAAGUCAACUUGAUGAAUAGAGGUUAUAGAGGUGCUCUAA